UCUACUGUGUCUGUGUGAACGAUCCAAGUAGCCGCUUAACAAAAUCGAAGUUUUUUGGCAAAAAAUCUAAUUACCGGCUGCACUAAAUAGUUGCAAAGUGUAAUUGAAAGUGCGAGGAAUGAUUUUCAAUUAAAAUUGUGACAGGUGUGUGCGCCAUUGCCAGUGCAAUUGACGAACAAAAACCAAAGGUGUAAACGCAAACGCAACGCACUGUGAAAAAAUGCGAAUGUCGUCGUCGUCGUCGCCGCUUUGAGUGUACGUGCGCCGCGUUUUGCAUGGCAGCUGCGCUGAUACCAGAAAUUGAAGUGCAUGUGAUACCAAAACUCCGAGCGAUAACACCAAAAGAAAAAUCACAUUAAGACACGAACAUACACACGCCCACACACGAAUAUACACACAUGUACACUUGAGCGAUAGAGAACCAGCAAGAGAACGUAAUGUACAUGAGAGAGAUUGAGAAUAUGUGAAUAUUAUAAAUUCGAAAGAAGUUUAGACAGAAAAAUCUCUCUUAUACAUACAUUUGAUGUGCCAUUCAGAGCAACAAGGAACGUAGAAGCUAAGCGAGUAUUACAACAACAAAAACAAUAAGGCACAUAAAGAAAAUGCAACAAUCCCUCCAUUAAACAGAAGCCACAACAACUAAUAACCAACAAGAACCACAAAAAACAGAAGCAAACACAGCACACAAAGUGUAACGAAUUUAAACCAAUAAGAGCACAACUUGUUGCACGGUUGCAAAAUAAAAUUAAAGGAAUAAUCAACGUGCUAACUGCAACGUCAACAAAUUACAAAUCUCCUAAUCAUACAUCGAUCAUUAAAUAAAUGUCAAGAUAAGUCGGUACCGCUUCAACACCGCCAUCAACAUAACACAACAACAAAACGAGAGACGAAUUGAAAAGGACCACAGCACAAUACCGUUGAGAACAACUAGAACAUCGUGUGGAAAGGGUCCAGCUAACAAUUGCAAAACGCCAAAUUCAACAGCAAAAGUCGCCAACAUAACACAUAAAAUUUUUGGCUGGCUACGCAAGUCCCGCAACAAAAAACCAGUCGCGAUCCUCAGCAGUGAUUUCGACGAAGACGGCGACGAGGGCGUGGGUGUGGGCGUGUGCGUGGUGGGCGCAUCUGGUGCAGCCGGUGGGGCGUUGGACGAUCAAAUUUCUUCAUUGGCAAGCGUUGGAAUUAAAGCCGGCAAGCUGAAUACCACACAGACAGCCACGGAGAGCGCUAUCGAUUCAAACGAACCCAAAUCUGAAAAGAUGUCAUCGGGCACGUUUGUGGAUCGAAUCGACCCGUUCGCCAAACGUUCACUUAAAAAGAAAAGUAAAAAAAGUCAAGGUUCCUCGCGCUACAGAAACUCUCAGGAUGUUGAGCUGCAGCAAUUGCCGCCUUUAAAAGCCGAUUGCUCAAGCUUGGAGCAGGAGGAGCUCUUUAUACGAAAAUUACGGCAGUGCUGCGUAUCAUUUGACUUUAUGGAUCCUGUUACGGACUUAAAGGGCAAGGAAAUCAAACGAGCUGCUCUCAAUGAUCUAUCCACCUAUAUAACACACGGGCGUGGGGUACUCACGGAGCCGGUCUAUCCCGAAAUAAUUCGCAUGAUUUCUUGCAAUUUAUUUCGCACAUUGCCGCCCAGUGAAAAUCCUGAUUUCGAUCCCGAAGAAGACGACCCAACACUGGAGGCAUCAUGGCCGCAUUUGCAAUUGGUUUAUGAGGUGUUCUUGCGCUUUCUGGAAUCCCAAGAUUUUCAGGCGACCAUUGGCAAACGUGUGAUUGAUCAAAAGUUUGUGUUGCAGCUAUUGGAACUGUUUGAUUCCGAGGAUCCGCGCGAGCGAGACUUUCUUAAGACGGUUUUGCAUCGCAUCUAUGGAAAAUUCUUAGGCUUACGCGCUUUUAUACGAAAACAGAUCAACAACAUAUUUUUGAAAUUCAUCUACGAGACGGAGCAUUUCAAUGGCGUUGGCGAGCUGCUGGAAAUACUUGGCAGCAUCAUUAACGGCUUUGCCUUGCCAUUGAAGGCGGAACAUAAGCAAUUUCUGGUUAAGGUUCUGUUGCCGCUGCACAAAGUCAAAUGUCUGUCGCUCUACCAUGCACAGCUUGCGUAUUGCAUUGUACAAUUCCUAGAGAAGGAUCCAUUCCUCACCGAGCCGGUGGUGCGUGGUCUACUUAAGUUCUGGCCUAAAACCUGCUCCCAAAAGGAAGUCAUGUUCUUGGGCGAAAUUGAGGAGAUCUUGGACGUGAUUGAUCCGCCGCAGUUUGUCAAAAUACAGGAGCCGCUGUUCAGACAGAUUGCAAAAUGCGUAUCGAGCCCACAUUUUCAGGUUGCUGAGCGUGCUCUAUAUCUCUGGAACAAUGAAUAUGCCAUGUCGCUCAUUGAGGAGAACAAUGCGGUAAUAAUGCCCAUAAUGUUCCCAGCGCUAUAUCGCAUUAGCAAGGAGCAUUGGAAUCAAACCAUCGUUGCACUUGUCUAUAAUGUAUUGAAAACGUUUAUGGAAAUGAAUUCAAAGCUGUUCGAUGAGCUGACCUCUAGCUACAAGGCGGAAAGGCAAAAGGAAAAGAAGCGUGAACGCGAUCGCGAGGAGCUGUGGAAGAAGCUACACGAACUCGAAUCAAAUCGUUCCAGCGGGCGUGCCGCAGGCGGCAGCGCUGCAACAGCUAACAGUGGAUCAGGUGCAGCUGCGGCGGCGUCAACGUCACUCCAGCCGCCCAACAUAGCCGCCGCAAUGAACUCUCAUCAACAACAGUCGAAUAGCGGCAGCAGUGGCAGCCUCUCCAGUGGUGGCGGCCCAGGUGGUGACAAUAAUCCUGCGACAGCAAAUUCAAAACUCAAACAAGACAAGGCAGACAACUAAACUAAUGCAACGCAAUGCGCGCUUGAUACUAACAAUAAAGAACAGUUUAAUGCAAAAUUAACAUGAAGAAUAAUAAGAACAACACGAACAACACCACAUAAAACAUCAGCUGGCUCACGCACACCCACAACAAAUCCCCCACACCCACACACACACAGACAGAAAGUAAAUGAAUUGAUUAAGAACGUAAAUUAUUGAGCUGGCGGUAAUAGUUAAUACAAGCAAAACAAAAGAAAACCGUAAGAAAAAUUAAAAAAAAAAAGAAGCAAUGCAGAAAACGCAAACUUAAUAAAUAUGGUAAUUAAAUUGUAUACUCGUUUAACAAGACACCAAACCAGCAAACUGUAGCUGAUGGACGUUGUGAAUUUGAAUUGAGAGCGUGGCUAACCUAGAUGUGCUUGAAGAGCGCAGCGUAACUGCGUUUUGAAUGCAGCGGCAUUAAAAUUCUAUAUAUUAUAAAAAUCUUACAUACAUACACACAAACACACACACCAACACCCACACACAAACAUAUUAUAAAUACAUAUAAAUAUAUAUAUAUAUUACAAGAGAAAGAAAAAAUAUUAUUAAUUAGGUUUAAGAGCAAAAACAAAUUGAAUAAAGCGUAAAAGUGUUAGUAUGUGAAAUGUAAGCAAGCCGAGAAUUGUAGCUGAUUGAUUGAUUGAUUGUUGAACACGCAUUAAAGUAUGUUAUUAAAACUAGACGUGUUGCUAGAGACCCCCUAGCCUAGACCGGCAGACCCAAACACACACACAACAAACAACACACAUGCAUAUACAGUUACAAUCUACUGUAGUUAAAGUUUUCUGCUCCCAUGGCCAAGCAUUAUGUACGUGUAAAAUAAUGAAAAAAUAACUAUAGCUUCGAAAUUUUCAGAAUUUUAGCAGUCUGGUAUGCAUCAGUACCAAGUUUCCACUGAACUUUUCAUGGUAUAUUCUUAUAUAACUAUACAAACAUGUGUAUAUGUAUUUAUAUGCAUUAUAUAUGUAUGUAUAUUUACAUAAAUAUACAGCUAUAUAUAGACUUAUCGAGCGACUUUGUUACCUAUAUUUAAGUGUUGCACGUUGUCGGCAGAAAUUUCAAAACUGGGCCAGACCUAUAAGCAUAUACAUACAUAUACUUAAAACUAAAAUUGUUAACUUUCCACAAACAAUUAAAAUAGCGGGGUUCAUUAGCAAAACAAAAAAAAAAGAUAGUAAAUAAUAAAAAUAAAUACACCUAAUCGGGCUAGAAAUACUGCUUAAAGUGUAAACUUUAAAUAUGCAUACUAAAUAUGUAUACCACAUAAAUGCUGAUCUAUAUACAAAUAAAACAAUAUUAUAAAAUAUGGAUGUGUAUGAAAGUAUAUGUAUGUGUGCAAAAUAGAGUCUCUUUCUAAGUUAAAAGUUAAUGAGAAUAAUGAGUUGCGCAUGCGCAUAAAUGAUAUAAAA